AUGUCUACCAUUAUUAAACGAGUAAGAAGAGCCUGUCUUAAUUGCAGGAACUCUAAAGUGGCAUGCGAUCCAAGUCGUCCGUGUACAAGAUGUGUUAAAUUGGAUAUGGGACAUAGCUGUUAUGACCUACCUCGAAAGAAAAGAGAGAAAAAAGUGAAACCAAUCAAUGCCACAACCACAACUACCACUACUACGUUGUCAUCAUCACCAUCGCCAGUAUCAUCAUCAUCGUCGUCUUUGACUGGAAUCAAUGUUGUUACUACUUCUAAUAACAACAACAAUAAUAAUAAUAUACCCAUCCAAACUCAUUCCAAUUCGUCGCCAGGAAAUCAUGGUCAUCAUAAUCACCAUCAUCAUGGUCAUAAUCAUCAUGGCCAUAAUCAUCAUAGUCAUAAUCAUCAUCAUAAUCAUAAUCAUAAUCAUGGUCAUGGUCAUUCUCAUGGAGAUUCAUCACCUAGUCCAUCUUCUUUAAAUAAUAGUAGUAGUAGUACCAAUACAAACAGUAGUAUUAAUCAAAAUCAAAAUCAAAAUCAAAAUAGUAAUAGUUUUAUUUCAUUUAAAUCUUAUAGUGGAUCGCCUAUAGAUAAUUCAACAACUACAACAACUAAUAGUCAUAGUCCAAUAUUACAUUAUCUUCAAACUUCAUAUUUAAGAAAUAAUAAUAAUAAUAGUCCAAAUAAUAAUAAUCUCGAAACCAAUAAUAAUAAUUAUAUAAUUCAAACUUCAAGUAAAUUACCUCAUAAUUCGAUCAAUAAUAAUAAUAAUAUUAAUAAUAAUAAUAAUAAUAGUGUAUAUCAAUCAUAUUCUCAAAGUACAAAUAUCAUAGAUCAACAACAAAGUAGUUGUAAAAAAAAUAAUAAUGGAGGUAGCAUAUUUCCAGGAUCUACUGCCACCACCACCACUACCUCUUCUUCUUCUUCUUCCUCCAACAAUGUACAAAAUUGUAAUUAUAAUCAAUCAUCUUUAUAUCCACUAGGCAAUAACAACUCUUUUUCACCAUCUAAUAAUAAUGAUAUAAUUGAUCCCAGCUCUAAUACUACCAAUACCUCCACUCUUAAUAAUAAUAAUAAUAAUAAUAAUCCAUUAUCAUCUUCAUAUGGUAAUCUUGGAUCAGUAUAUAAUUGUUCUAUACCUUCAUCGCCAACUACCACCAAUCUUUCAACAUCUCCAACCACUCCAAACUCGUCAAUCUCCACUUCAUCGUCGUCUUCACCAACUCCGUCACCUGUUAAUAAUAACCCUAACCACGGUCAUCCGGCUAGUCACCACUCUCCCAAUAGUAAUCCACUCAAACGCAGUUUCCCAAUAUUCUCUCCAACUCUGUUGAAUAUCAAACGAAAGAAUGUGUCACAAAGCCAGCCAAAUCUACCUACCCCACCCAUCACGCCUCUACAACAACAACAAAACAAGAUGUAUACGACUAUUUUGAACCAACAACAACAACCUCUACUUCCUCAACCAACCCAACAAGCACACCAUCACCAACCUCAACCGCAACCACAUCCAUCCCCAAUUGUAACCAGUGCCACUUCUUCUUCUGCAUCCUCUGUAGUAUCGGUUGAUGACUAUAAAUCAUUAAAUUGGAAUAAUUAUCAAACUGGAGGAGGAGGUGUAUUAAAUGGUGCAAAUAGUUUUGGAAAUCAUUAUUCUCAUAUUGGAGGAGUAACAGGUGUGACCAAUACAAUGGGUUUACCAACAACAUCAAUGUAUGGUUUAAAGAAAAUGGAAGAUUAUCAAGUAGUUCCUGCUCCUGAUGGAGGAGUUGGAAAUCUUCGCAAUAUCCAGUAUAAUUUGGAGCAACAUCAACAUCAUCAAUUGCAACUACAACAACAAGAACCUAACACCACCAACCAACAAUUAAUGUCUAUACAGAAUCUACCUCUACCUCAACCAUUACCUCAACCUCAACCUACUACCACUUCUACUACUACGACUACAUCUUAUAAUCCUUAUAACCAUUUCUAUCAAAGUGGUCCGCAUUCCCAUCAACAUCAUGCUACUAAUAAUAAUACAGCUACUACUCUAACACCAAUCCAAACUAGUAUACAACAACAUCAACAACAACAACAUCAUCACCGAUCACAACAACAACAACAACAACAUCACCAAUCACAACACCAAACAAAUAUAAUUGAUGAUGGUACAUCUUCAUCGUCAUCCUCAUCAAUCCAUCACUUACAGUAUUAUGAAAAUAAUUCCUCACCUUUGAUUCAAUACUAUUAUUAA